GUUGAGGCUCCUCCAGUGCUGCCGCCUGCCGGUCACGCGCGUCACUAUAAACCACCACCGCUUCACGCGCGACGCUCAAUCCACGCGCGGCGGCACCGCGAGCGGAGCGCAAUGACACCGAAAGACGCGCGUCUCGUGCUGCUGCUGAUGCUGCGGCUCUGCGCCGGAGGAGACCCCGACGAGGAGCGACACAAGCCGGGCGACGCGGAGAGCCCGUGCGAGCUGAAGACCGUCACCGUGUCCACGCUGCCCGUGCUCCGCGAGAAUGAGUUCAGUUUCACCGGCGCGGGCUCCGGGAGUCUCUCCGGCGGCGAGUCUAGACUCCUGCUGUUCGUCAGGACAGACCUGCCGGGACGCAUCUCGGUUCUGGAUGAUCUGGACAACACGGCACUGCCCUACUUCACCUUAGAGAUGUCAGGGACGGGUGCGGACAUCUCUCAGGUACACUGGAAACAGCAGUGGCUGGAGAACGGGACGCUGUAUUUUCACGUGUCUGUGAGCAGCUCGGAGCAGCUGUCACAGGUCACGCAGCCCCCUGUCCACGAGCCACCGCGUGUCCUGCACGAGCACAUGCACCUGCUGCACAUCUCUGUGAUGGGUGGUCUGAUCGCUCUUCUCCUCCUCAUCCUUCUCUUCACGCUGGUCCUGUACACCCGUCAGCGCUGGUGUCGGCGUCGCCGGGCUCCUCAGAAGAGCGCCAGCACCGAGGCCACUCAUGAGAUCCACUACAUCCCCUCUGUUCUGCUGGGACCCCCGCAGGGUCGCGACAGUUUCCGCGGCUCCAGACCCCUCCAGCACACCUCGGUCAUUGGCGUGCCCAUCCGCGAGACGCCCAUCCUGGACGACUGCGACUGCGAGGAGGACGAGCAGCCUGGACAGCUGCUGGACGGGAAGAUUCAUCUGGACGAUGACGUGUGCAGUCAGGGAACUCGCAGCGUGGACAGUCUUCGAAAAGUCAUGGGAGAGGCCAACCACAAACACUGCAUGGAUAACAGAGCGCUGGAUCAGGACCAGGAGAGCGUGGAGGCUCUCAUGCAGAGGUUUAAGGACAGUUUCCGGACUAACACCACGAUGGAGAUAACACAAUUCCAGAACGUAACGCACAGCUCGUCCACCGGCCGGAGGAGAGGACAAACUCACACCAGAGCUCCAGGCGUGUUUGGCCGUCAGGGAGAUUCUGGAUCCGAGAUGGAUGAUGACACACAGAUGAAGUUCUACACUGAACACAGAGGCAGACGGCGGAGCAAAGGUUGUCCUCAGAGUCCCAUGAGUAAAGCCACAUUAACUCUGAUCACCGUCUGCACGUGUGUGGUGGCCGUGGUGUACGGCACGCAGACGUCCUGUCCUCUAACUGUAAAGAUCACACUGCAUGUACCGGAACACUUCAUUGCUGAUGGCAGCAGUUUUGUUGUCAGUAUGGGAAGUUAUCUGGACGUCUCCAACUGGUUGAAUCCAGCCAGACUGACCCUGUACUACCAGACGAACACCUCCAGUCAGUGGGUGAGAGACUACUGCGGUCAGAGGACCACCGAACCCUGUGAACAACUGUGUGAUCAGGAUACAGGCGAGUGCAGCUGUCUGGAGGGUUACGAGUCUGACCCGGAGCACGAGCAUUUGUGCGUUCGCACCGACUGGGGUCGCAAUGAAGGUCCGUGGCCGUAUUCCAACCUGGAGAGAGGUUAUGAUCUGGUGACGGGUGAACAGGCUCCUGAGAAGAUCUUCAGGUCAUCCUACAGUCUGGGUCAAGGCCUUUGGCUGCCGGUCAGCAAGAGUUUUGUGGUUCCUCCGGUCGAGCUGUCCAUCAAUCCCAUCGCCAGCUGUAAGACGGAUGUGUUGGUCACGGAGGACCCGGGAGAAGUGAGGGAGGAGGCCAUCAUGUCAACGUACUUCGAGACGGUGGACGAUCUGCUGGCGUCAUUCGGACCGGUGAGAGACUGCUCCAAAGACAACGGUGGAUGUCGUAAAAACUUCAAAUGCGUCUCUGACAGACGGAUGGAGUCCAGCGGCUGCAUGUGUCCAGAAGGGUUGCGGCCUAUGAAGGAUGGUUCGGGUUGCUAUGACUACUCGCUGGGUACCGACUGUACGGAUGGAUUUAACGGAGGCUGUGAGCAGUUGUGUCUUCAGCAACUGGUUCCUCUGCCGGAUGACCCCACCUCCAGCAACGUGCUGAUGUUCUGCGGGUGUGUGCAGGAAUAUAAGUUGGCAGCUGACGGGCGUUCGUGUCUUCUGUUGGCGGAUCACUGUGAAGGACCCAAGUGCCCGAGACAUGACACACGCUUCAAUGUCACGCUCUUGAGCGAGAUGCUGCACGGAUACAACAACAAAAGUCAACAGGUUAAUCUCGGACAAGUCUUUCUGAUGACCUUCAGGGAUAAUAACUUCAUCAAGGAUUUUCCUCAGUUAGCGGAUGGGUUGAUGGUGAUUCCUCUUCCUGUGGAGGAGCAGUGUCGAGGUGUUCUGUCUGAACCUCUGCCCAACCUCCAGCUGCUCUCAGGAGAAGUUCAGUUCAGUGAAGCCACAGGAUAUCCCAUGAUGCAACAGUGGAGAGUGCGGAGUAACCUGUACAAGGUGAAACUCAGUGCUAUCACCCUGUCCACAGAUUUCUCAAAGGUUCUGAAGUCUCUGACGCCGGACAGCACACGAGAAGAGAUGCUGGCGUUUGUUCAGCAGUACGGCAGUCAUUACAUCUCUGAGGCUCUGUUCGGCUCUGAACUCACCUGUAACAUCUACUUUCCCAGUAAGAAGGUCCAACAGCAGCUCUGGCUCCAGUACCAGAAAGAGGUCACAGAGCAGGGGGGCCGGCGUGACCUGAAAGCCGUGCCCUUCAUCAGUUACCUGUCGGGUCUGUUGAAGACGCAGCUGCUGUCUGAUGACCUGGUGGCCGGCGUGGAGAUCCGCUGUCAGGAGAAGGGCAGCUGCCCGGCGGCCUGUCAUCUGUGUAGGCAAACGGGUCGUGAGACGCCCAGCCCGACGCCCGUCCUGCUGGAGGUCAGCCGGGUCGUGCCCCUGUACAGCCUGGUGCAGGACAACAGCACUAAAGAGGCCUUCAAAAGUGCAACGAUGAGCUCAUACUGGUGCGCGGGGAAGGGUGAUGUCAUCGAGAACUGGUGUCGCUGUGACCUGACUGCUCUUGGCAAAGACGGCCUGCCCAACUGCAGCCCCCUGCGGCGGCCCGUGCUGAGACUGGCUCCUCACCUGGAGCCCUCCAGCACGAUGGUGGCCCUGGAGUGGGUCGAUGUGGAGCCUCUGAUUGGCUACAAGGUUUCCGAUUACAUCAUUCAGCAUAAGCGUGUGGAGGACCCGUCGGAGGCAGAAAUCUACACAGGAGAGGUUCUCAGUCUGAUGGAUGAUCUUUUCUCGGGUCUGGGUUCCUCGUGUGUCGUGGCGGGCCGGAGAAGUGGAGAACAUUCUCACACCCUCAUCUACUCGCUGGUGUUCAAGUGCCUGGAGCCCGACAGCCUUUACAAGUUUACUCUGUAUGCUGUGGACAGUCGUGGCAGUCGGUCAGAUGCGAGUUCUGUGACGGUCCGCACGUCAUGUCCGAUGGUGGACGACAGCAAAGCGGAAGAGAUCGCAGAUAAAGUCUACAAUCUGUACAACGGCUACACGAGCGGAAAAGAGCAGCAGACGGCGUAUAACACACUGAUGGAGAUCUCUCCUCCUCUGCUCUAUCGGGCGCAACAUCACUAUAAUUCUCACUAUGAGAAGUUUGGGGAUUUCGUGUGGAGAAGCGAGGAUGAGCUCGGUCCCAGGAAGGCCCAUUUAAUCCUGAGACGAACGGAUCGGAUCAGUCUGUUCUGCAGAUCUCUGCUCCGCAGCGGCUUCAUCCAGAGCCGGACCGAGAGCGUGUCGUACAUGUUGUGCCGCAGCGAGGACUCCAGGUCUGCCGGUGCGUUAUGGCACAGUUCUCUUCACGAGAGCCGACUCGUCUGCCUGGAGAAACUCAUAACAGUCCAACGCAACAUCUACGGCAAGUCUAAGCUGCGAUGAGACGAGGGGACGUCGGGACUGGGACUUCUCGGCGCUCUCCGGCUCGGCUGUUCUUUUUCUAAAUCCAAAGGAAUGACUUCGAGAGAUGUGUUCUCCAUCCGGAGAGGAAGGUUUUCUCCACUGAUUUCUCUCGUCGAUCUCAGCUGAGCUUUUCCAGACUGAAUGUAAGAAUUUAACUGCAUGAUGGUGCUGCAGAACUCCAAACCAGGAUUUUAUCAACCCUUCAUUUGAAAACAUAUCUCUCGGGAAUAUCUAGCCAAGACGAGGACAUGAUAGCUGGUUUGCCUUCUUUUUUAUUCAACCUUUCUGGACGUCACGUCUGCUCUUGUUUUUGCAUUUUUCACCAACUUAUGAAUUUCAUCGAGCUCACAGGAAAUGUUUUUAAGAACUAUAACGCAUAUAAUCUUUAGUCAGAAGAAUGUUAUAAAAGCAGCUGUUGUUGGCCGAUGAGACCGGUAGAUUUCACCAAAGCGAAUGGUGUGAUGUGUUUGGCACUGGGAAAAAUGAGAAAACAUUGUUCUGUACAGGAUGAUGAUGUAGGAAGAAGAGUGUGUGUUGUUGAAAAGAAUUGAACAGCAAGUCUCAACACAUCGUUUUCAGUCAUUUGAAUCAUUCAUAUUAUAUUCAUUAUUCUAUUGUAAAUACAAUUGUAAAUGCAGUGUGUAAUAUUACGUCAAUAUGAUUGUUUUUGGGGGGCUGGGGAUGGAGGGGGUCUAAUAAAUAUGUAUAUACAAUCUCAA